GGCACCAACCAAUGACACAUCCUUGUCGGGUAUGUAUAUAGUACCAAAUGCAUAUUUUAGGGAGCAUUAACAUCAACUUAAUGCACUUGUUUUAUCAAGAAUCUAUCCACAUAAUCAGGAUUAGGUAGGCGUCUCACUGUCUAUAGUGGUUAUGGCCUUAAGUUUUAAACCCAUUGUUCAUAAUUUCAGAUGGUAAUGUACACACAUCAGUUUGGCCAAGUAUCCGGUGGACUGUCUGUGUUGGUGGCCGAGAAGCAGAUCUAUCCUGUAUGGGAACGUGGAGGUGCUCUCGGGGACUUGUGGGUAAAGGCUGAGGUGGAGUUUGUCAUCAACAGCACGUUCCAGAUUCUGUUUGUCGCUGCUAUUCGAGACCAUGCUUACGGAGGGAUCGCUAUUGAUGAUAUUGUGUUGUCCCCUGAGUGCCGUUUAUCCAAUGAAUCAAUGCCACUUCCAGAAUUUCCAAAACCUCCUGCUCACCCUUGCACAGAUGAUGAUUUGAAAAUCUGUGACUUUAAGGAGGACUGUCCUGCUGGAGAAGAUGAGGCUCAGUGUGGGGACUUCUCAUAUGAGACGGGAAGCUCUGGCUGGACAGAUACCAGUAUAGGGAGCCAAGCCUGGGAGUUAAAACUGGAGUAUAAUGACACCAUUAAAGAGGAGUUCCUGUCUGUGAUUGGCGCUCCCGGGCAGCAGCUAAGUGAAGCCCAAACUCGUACCCCUCUCUUGGGUCCAUCAGGUCUGGCAUGCACCCUUCAGUUCUCCUACAGUCUCAGUGGCGGUGAUCUGGCAGUGUAUGUUGUGGGCAGUGUGUUGGGGACUCAUCCUGUGCUGUGGGAGUUUUCUGGAAGAACCAAUGAGACAGCAGGGACUUGGGUAAAGGAGGAAGUCUAUGUUGGAGCCAGAGAUCAUCGCUUUCAGUUAGAGUUCAGGGCCCGUGCUAAAGAGCUCUCCCCAAGUAACCAGAUUGCAGUGAAGGAUGUGCACUUUGUUGACUGUUCUGCUCUGUUUAUUCCUUCUGGUGGUGAUCUGGUGGUGGAUAUGUGGGACACUUCACUGCGAGGUCUGGCUGGACGUCUCCUCUCAGUCAGACAGUAUAGUAACUCAGAGCACUGUCUGUCCUUCUUCUACAAACUCUAUGGGCCAAACACAGGCGCUCUCAGUGUAAAGCUGCAGUUUGCUGAUGGCUCCGAAGAGCUGUUGUGGACACGCACCGGUGCCCAUGGUAACGUUUGGCAUGAGGGCCAUUGCUCUGUGCCUCCUCAGCUCUUUGCUUUCCAGGGUAACUUCUACAUGCUGGCCCACAGCAGUUUCGAUGUCCUUCCCCAGGGCAGUGUGACCACCUCGACUUCCCCUGUGCGUAGAGGUUUGACUCACACCGAAUGUGUACACUUCUGGUACCACACAGGAGGAGACAAACCAGGCACGCUGAAUGUCUAUGUGAAGCCAACUGAUGGAAACAGGAUACAGUUAUUUUCCAGUAGCAUCAGGCAGGGACAUGCCUGGCGUCAUGGCCAAGGGAUUGUCAACUGGCAUGGAGAUUGGCAGCUGCAGUUUGAGGUGAAGGGUGAAGGAGACACAAGAUUCAGUUUUAUUGCCAUUGAUGUCAUCACCUACUCGACUCACAGCUGCCCCACAACAGAUAGCAUCUGUGAUUUCGAGAAAGGUUUGUGUGGUUGGUCCAACACUCAGAACCCAUCUGUAGACUGGUUAGAAUGGGACCUGACCAGUGUGCAAGCUGAGAUGUUCUACAGCACACCACCAUAUGACCACACGCUAUACACAGAAGAAGGACACUUCUUGGUCCUUCCUAACUCCCAGCGUGACACCGCUACCCAGAAUGCCUGGUUGCUGAGCCCUCACCUGGCACCAACCAAAGGAACCUGUCGGAGCUUUUGGGUUUAUCAGCCAACCAUGUGUAUGUAUAUACAGUAUGUAUCUAUAUCAUCAAACUGUCAGUUUUAGUUGUUUAUUACUUCAGUUUUUUAGUAUG